AUGUCUUUACAUCCUGAAUGUAGUGAAAAUUCCGUUGGUGUCGGUAGUUCACUGCCCGUCGAGAUUGGUGACCGUAUCGUCAGGGAGGCAUGCGAAUUUCUGGACGAUCGCGAUCUUGCCUCCAUUGCCCUCGUUUCCCACAUGUUCCGCAUACGAGCAAACGAGAAGCGGUUCGCUUCUCUAGUCAUACACCGGGACUCUGGAGAAGAUAUACACCAUACGGCGGAGCGCGUCAAACUCCUCGCAGAUAUCAUCGAAUGUCAGAAGGAGCUUACUUUGCUGAAAAAUAUCGUCGACUUCGCCACAUCAUUCACCCUGCGUAUGAUCUCGAUGGACGACAAGCGUGCACUGGGAGAUGAAUCAAUGUCUGUCGUCGACAACACGCGUCUCGCAUACAUUUUUCGAAAUUUGUUCAGGGCAUCAAAUCAUCCCCCUUCCGCUUUCUUUACCCUUUCGCUGAAUUAUGGGCGCAUGCGGUGGUCUGCAAUGAGCAGCGAAAUGCAAGCUGCAUUCCAUGACCUUCUCUCACAGUCCAGUAUUACCCGGCUGGAGCUCCAUAGUGUAGAAGACAUACCACGAGAUUGGCUAUGUGGCACGAAGAUCAAGGACCUCCACAUCCGCCGUGUCCGCGUACGAUACGACCGCGACAGCAUGCCUGUAGACGGUACAAUACAACUCAAAUCGCUCGACUGCGAUGAUUUCGUGGACCCCGCGAGUCUUGCGAGAAUGACAGGCUGGAACUUUAGUUCCUCGAGCAGGAGCGCGAAAAACCAGUUGACCUCGGUGACAAGGCUGCACAUUUACACCGAAAAUAUCAACACGUUGGGGAAGGUGGGUGGGAUCCUGGAUAACACACCAAGCCUGGAGUCGCUAGCAUUCACGCUAAAAAUACCCUUAGAAAAAUAUUCAAAUAUGCCGAACAGGAUACUUGAAAUCGACUUGCGUCAGCUUCCCAGAUUAAAAGAGGUGUCGUUUAUUUGCGGCAUAGCAAUUACCUUCAGGACAGAAGUUUCCCUUGUGCAGCCGAAUUUGAUAGCCAUUCGCAACGUGGUUGGACUUACGUUUCGUAUACCUUCACGCCCUAUAGCCUACAGAGUCUACAAUGAUUGUCAGUGCGACGCACCUAUGCGGGACACCAAAACUACCGAGGCAUUCGAUGGGAUAAACUUCUGUGUUUGGAACAUCGAUGGCGAGCUUUCGAUGACGAACGACUAUUUUGGGAAUUUGAGCCAUGGAGCAAAGGAGAACAUCGAAUAUAACAGGGAGAAUCCAGUCGUUAUGGAUAAAAUGGAGGAAGUAAGGUUGUAUCUGGCGUGGAGCGUGUAG